CAAACAUCAACAACUAAACGCGUGAUACGUCCUCAGUCACUACCAAGGGCUCAAUCAUAACAAUCGAAGCUAUCCCUACAGUCAAGCAAGAGUUAGCAAAGGAAAACGUUUGAGAAGAUGGAUAUCCGCCUCCUUCGCCCUAGCGACAUCCCACACGUCCAACUCGCCAACAUCACAAACUUGCCUGAGAAUUACUUCUGCAAGUACUAUCUCUACCAUGCGAUGAGCUGGCCGCAGUUGAGCUAUGUCGCUGUUGAUGUCUCCCGCCCCCCAAAGACACCCUAUGACCCACCCAAGAUCGUAGGGUACGUCCUUGCUAAGAUGGAAGAAGAGCCCACCGACGGUAUCCCGCACGGCCACAUCACGUCGCUAUCAGUCAUGCGCACGCAUCGUCGUCUCGGACUGGCGGAAAAGCUGAUGCGUCAGAGUCAACGCGCCAUGGCCGAAACCUUCGACGCCAAAUACGUCUCCCUGCACGUCCGCAUGUCCAACAUCGCCGCCCUAAACCUGUACAAAGAAACCCUCGGCUUCUCCGUCGACAAGGUCGAAGCCAAGUACUACGCCGACGGCGAGGACGCGUACAGCAUGCGCAUGGACCUGACCAAUAUUCCCAGAGACUUCACUGAAGACGGAGACGCGAGUGAGGGCAAGGAUGAGGGUGAGGCGGUUGGGAGCGAGAAGCUGCAGAAGGUGGCGAUUGGGAGGCAGAGAGGUGUGGCGGAUUUGGUCGAGGUCGUGGAGAAGAAGGAGGUUGCUGCUUAAGCAGCUAAGCUUCGUUCUUGGCGCCGAAGUUUGCAGCUUUGGUAUAGAGAGGAAGACAGAGCUACUGAUGAUGAGAUGGAGAGCAUAGAGACUUUCGAGCAUGGGGAGUGAUCCGGUGCAUAGCGAUGGAGUGGCAUGCGUGCUAGAUUCGUGGAAACGAGCUGCUGAUAGGAAAACCCGGAAAACCCGGUCAUCAAGCACGUGUCCA